UCAUAGAGUUCUCAGAGGAUGACAGAAGCAGAGACGACAGGAUAUAGUCGCUGACAGAGGCAGCUCUGAAGUCGUCUCCUUGAUGAAAGAACGAGAGAGAGAGAGAGAGAGAGAGAGAGAGAGAGAGAGAGAGAGAGAGAGACUCCGCCUCCCGUUCAGAAGCGCGAAUCAAGAGUGGUCCCGCAAGGCUGCUAUCCCAGGAUCUUUUUGUCUUCCCGCAUGCACGUCUGCGUGCAACGUAUGCAUGAACAUGCGCGCGCGCGCGUGUGUAUGUGAGUAUGUGGGCAAGAGCCGGGCUAGGUGAGAGGAGGCUUGUGGUAGCAGAAGGGCCCACAAACCAGCUGACUGGGGUACGUUGCAAGGGCACAGUGUACGCUCAGACUGUGGCGGGGUCAAAACUGACUCGGGCAUCGGGCAUCGCGGACGGAGAUACCAACCCAGAUAGAAAGAGAGAGAAAGAGGAAGAAAUAAAAACAACACUUCCUGGUAGCUAAGUGUUUAACGAAACGGCCCAUCGGUAAUAAGUUACUAUAGUAGAUUCACAUCACCCAUGCAUCUGAUGUCUAGGCCCGUCCAUUACAACGCUCCUGAUGGGCUGUUGAUAAGCCAACCACAUAGGCAGGAUGGAUGCUCCACCUCUCCUGAGGGAUACGCCUUUCAAAAGUAUCCCUCAGGAGAAGUGGAACAUGCAUCCUGCCUAUGUGAACUCUCUCGAGAGACUGAGAGUUUCCAUCCCAGUGAUUGGCUUAUCAACAGCCAAUCAGGAGCGUCGGAAGGGACGGGCCUAGACUUCAGAUGCACAGGUGAUGUGAUUCUACUAUAGUUUAGACCCUGCUAUCGUCCAGCCCGGGGCGCAUAUUCCCAAACUGUAGCUGAGUACGGGGACCUUCCCUGAACAAAGCGGGACGCCAUAUCUUCAAAACUGACCAUAGAAUUUUCUUGAAAAUAAUCUCAGCGGAGAGACAAACGAGUAUCGGCCACAAGAUCAAAAUGGAGGAUUCUGUCCCAAGUCCCCCUCGAGUGACGAGUACCCAGAGCGACGGAGAGGAAAAGAGAGAAGAAGAAUCGGAGCACAAAUUGCCCAGACCUCCUCCCUCUACAUCAGCCAGCAGCGUCAGCGUCGCCGUCAGCACAGAGGACCUCAACUGCGAGGUUGAAACGUCUGUUGAGGAGGAGUCCAGCGAUCAACCGUCAACAGCAAGCAGUAAAACACAGCAAGAGAAUGAGAACAGAGAAGGGAGCGCAGGAAACGCAAAAGGACCUCGGAUCUGUGGGGUUUGUGGCGACAAAGCCAAGAGCAUGCAUUUCGGAGGUCUGUCGUGCGAUUCUUGUAAAGCUUUCUUCCGUCGAGCCGUCCACAACGACGCCUACGUCAAUUUCACCUGUCCCUACGACGGAAACUGUGUCAUUAAUGUCGUCUCUAGGAAAUGCUGUCAAUUUUGCAGGUACAAGAAAUGCACAUCGAUCGGCAUGGAACGCGCUUGGGUUAUGUCUGAAGAGGGCAGAGCUCAGAUGAUGAAACAGCGUGAGGAGCGAAAAGCGAAACAGGCGGCCCCGGAAGACAGGAAGAAUCUUAUCAAAACCUCGAAGAGAGAACUCCAGCCCUACGAACCCGAUAUGGGUGCCAUGUUGGAUUACAUGACAGCCAAGGAACGAGACGAGGUCGAACGAGCUGUCCUGAAUUACCGACGAGCGUACAACGAGAUUCCCUACAGAAACGACCUGAAGGAGCACAAUGUAGGUCGGCCUAGCGUUCAGAUCAUUAACAUGUUCACCACUGUGGUGCGACGGUUCGCAUACUUCGCUCGGCUCUUCCCCGAAUUCUGUAGCCUUCCUGCACAGGACCAAGGCUGCCUCCUACGAGGUGCAAUCCUGGAGAUGUCCCUCAUCCGGGGUGUCCAAUCCUACGACACGGAAAAUAACCGCUGGCCAAACACCAACCAUCAGAUGUACAAAGACGCUCCCAUAUUGCGCAUCGAAGACAUGAAGAAACUGGUCAGCGGAGAACUUUACGAGAUGCAUAUAAAAUUCAUCCACAGUAUGAAGGAACUCAACGUGGAUGAACCAGUCAUGAUGCUGUUGAUGCUGAUCGUCCUCUUCAGCAGUGAUAGGCCCGGUUUAGUGGCAGCGGCUGCUAUCCAGGCGCACCAGGAGCAUUGCCUCCAUCUCUUGAGGAUCUACAUGGAAUGGCGUUAUGGAGCUCACAACACGAGCAUCCUCUACCCUAAGUUGCUUUAUAAACUAACCGACCUCCGAGAGCUGAACGACCAACAUACUGAGUACAACCUGAAACUUGCCAAACAAGAGGUGGCAGAGAUUCAAAUGCAGCUGGGGCGACUUAACCUAAAUCCCUACACCGAAUGGCCAAGUAUCAUGCAAAUGCAUCAAAAUUUUACUCAAACAACUCUACCAAAUCCCCUGGCUGAUGUAGUGCUUCUUCAGCCAUCUGACCAGUCAGUCACAUCUAACAGUCCAAAGAUGCAGUCCCAUGCCCAGCAGUCUUCAUCAACUUUAAACCAAGGGAAUUUGAAUGCUCAGGAACAGAGUAGCAGUAUGCCAGCAAUGUCUGAAACUGGGUCUAAUAUUCCCUCCACAAAUCCACUUGCAUUUCUUGACUUUGAUCAAUUAGCCAACAACCCUAGUUUUCAGCGAAUGAUUAUGCAACAGUUCCAAAAGUCUAUCAUGAAUGUUUUGAGUGCCCCAAAUUUUGGCUUGGGGAACUAUUUUCCUGAAGGUCACAAUCUGCAACAAACACAAGCAGCCAACAGCUCCCAACAGCAACAACAACAACCACAGCAACAAUCACAACAGAUAUUGCAACAAAAUCAACCUGUCCCUGCAAUGUUACCCUCCCAGCAAAUAAAUCAUCCAGCACAGUCACAACCCCCCCAGCAAAUAAAUCAUCCAGCACAGUCACAACCCACAUUGCAGCAACAAACCCCAGGGCAACAGCUACAGCCAAAUCUGUCUGGACAGAUAAGAGAGCCAGGUGACGUUUCACUCAGGCAGACGCCAACAGCACUCAUGACUCAGCUUGACCAGCUGCAGUCUGGCCAGUCUUCUAGCUUGCUAAAUACUCCUCAGCAAUCUCAAGCUUUCGAACAGUUUGAACAACUAAUGGGUAGCUCGGAUAACUGCAACUUAUUUGGAGACCAAAGCCACCAAUUGAUGGUGCAAUAUCAGCAACAUCUUCAGCAACAGCAGCAGUGUCACCAACAGCAUCAGCUCCACCAGCAGCAACAACUCCACCAGCAGCAACAACUCCACCAGCAGCAACAACUCCACCAGCACCAACAACAGCUUCACCAGCAACAGCAGUUCCCACAACAACAACAACAGCUCCCACAAGAGCAGAACCAGCAGCAGCAACAACAACAACAACAGCUGUUCCAGCAGGAGCCACGACAGCAGCAUCAGCAAACGACCAGACAGGAACAGCGUCCCAUGGGCCAUCAACAACCGUUGCAAGAGUCUAUGACUGUCAUACCAAAACAGGAACCAACCACUCCUCCUCCCGAGUUCCUUCAAAUGAUGUACCCACUGGCUGACAAUCAGUCUCCUGCUCUUUCAUCAACCCACAAUCCUUUACAGCAACAGCACCAACACUAUGCACAUCAACAUUCUUCCACUGCUCAUCCAUCUCCUGCCCAUUUAUGCCAGACACAACAACAUUUUAAUAUUCUAACCCAAGGGGAAGAUGGAGCUCCUGCAAAGCGAAAUUCUUUAACAGAUGCAAGUGGUCUCAAUCAGUUUCGAAAUAUGCUCGAAGAAUUCGCAACACUAAAUGAUCCAAGCCACCUAGAAAAAGUAAAGCAGCUACUAGGACCCGACCUUGUAGCUUCAUUGCAACAAAAGCUAACAGCAUCAAGCAACGCACCAUCUCAAAAUCUACCCCAUUCCCAACAACAAACAUCUUUCCAGCAUCCAGUGUCACCGUCACACCUGCCUCCAACAUCUGUGUCACAGCAAAUGCACCAUCACCCAGAUCAGUCACAGCUUUACGCAGUUCAGAGUGGAUUGCAAUAUUUCCCUGGAGGGCCAUAUCCAGCACAGCAAGCUGCAGACCCCACCGUAGCUGUCGGUAGUUCUAAUUACUCCCCAACCUCCUCAACCCAUAACCUUGCACCACCAGUACUAUAUGGAUCACAGCCAGAUUUUGCCAGUCCCUGCCACAGCCAGCAACACUCAACGCCGCGAUCCUCAUUCAACGCUGGGGACAGCAGCGCAGUUGUGUUUCAGUAUCCAGAUAUGCUGAACAAUACCCCAUCAUCAGAUUAGUUUACGCGAAUGACUAGAGGCUCUACAAUGUGCUCCCAUUAACACGUUUUAAACUUACCUGAAACUCAAAAAUAUUAUUCGAAACUCAUCGGUCUAUUAGAACUGAAGUAAUCUCUGCUACGUCUUGGUUUCCAAGAUCUUGAACUUCAUUUUUAGGGUUAAACAUAAAUUACAGGACAUCCUGGUUCAGACUUGAUCACUUUAACCCUAACUUUUUAUUUCUUCUGAUACUUGAAAUUUUAUUAUGUUCAGGGCCUUUCAAAUGUUACUUUCUUCUCAGUAUUUUUGCUACUACUGUUCUACAGAGCCCAGCGUUAAUUACACGUAUUUACACCUAAAUUCAUCAAUAAUGACCCAUUCCUCCAAUAAUUUUCAAAGAUGAGCUUACUCUCACCAACAUACUUAAACAACUCACAAGACAUCCAUUUUCUUGCCAUCAGGACUUGAUUGAAGAUUUACGAACGUCUAACAAGAAGAGCAAAGCACCUCGGUGGCGUGAUCGGUAUGGUCUUGACCUGCCGCCUCGGUGGCCGCGAGUUCGAUUCCAUUGAGCUGUCAGAGAUGUGUAUUUCUGGUGAUAAAAGUUCACUCUCGACGUGGUUCGGAAGUCACGUAAAGCCGUUGGUCCCGUUGCUGAAUAACCACUGGUUCCGUGCAACGUAAAGACACCAUACUAACCAUAACAAUAACAACAAGAAGGGCUAAAUAAAAAGACAGGCACUGUAGGUACUUAGUCCAAAAGGAGUUUCGUAAGACGCUGCUAACCCGCAGAACACGAGCCAAGAGAAAAUUACAGGCCAUGAAGCAUUUUUUUUUUUUUCUAAAUUUCUGGAGGCAAAGACUGCAACUUGUAAUUUUACCUUUGAAUAAAUUGGUACCAGCAGAAUAAAUCACUAUAUCGCUCCAAGCUGCGACGUACGCUGUCUUCUACACACACAUAUACAACUCCGUUGUAUAAUACCUAAUGAUACAGAUAUUCGUUAAAUAGCGAAUUUCGACGAAAUCUUCCAAAAUACGACCCUCGUAAAACGCAAACGCUAUUUGGUAUUGCCAAUAUUGUAACUGUGAUAUAAUUUUACCCGAUAUUAUUUUCUUUUAUUGUACUACUAUAUGUAAUGUCAAUAAAUUUAUACAAAGAUUC